AUGAUCGGGACAUCAACUUUUGAUUACUUUUUCAUUCGGAUUUGCAUCCUAUUUCUUCACAACAUUGCAUCGAUCAGCAUUUUAUAUGGCAUCCAGUUACUUGUCGGUCAAUUAUUUCACCUGUCGGAUAAUUCCGAACGCAUACCCUACCCCAUCCAUAUCUGGCUCACUGCAGAGGCAGCAUUUUUCACCACUGUCAUCAUACCGCUCAAAUAUUGUCACCGCCAUUCUCCUAUUUACCACAGAUCUUUAUCCGCGGAGAGCAGAAAGAGAUUGUUUAGGAGCUGUAUUGCGAAUGUGCCGAAUCUAGAGAAUUAUCUCAGCCGGUGGCUUAUGGUCUCAGGAGUUGAACACAUUAUGCGUGGUAACGUGAAAGACUUUAUUAGAUGGUCAUUUUUCGGACCUCAAUAUACCCAAGAGAAAGACCAGCAGAAUGAGAGGGAAAUCGAUGUCUAUACAACAGAAGUUGAGAAGCUGAUUGGACGAAAAUUGCCACCGGGAAGGAUGGAUGUGAAAGGCCUAGGUCGGCUUCUCAAUGAAGCAUGCGGUUCACAUCGAAGUCUGCUAUGGUACAAGUGCGUCUCUGUUGUUGACACAAUAACUCACUGCAAGAUGUUAUACAAUGGAUUUCACUUUCAUCGCAGUUCGCUCUCGCGAUUCUUUAACGUUUUCCCGUUUCGCCCUCUCACGAUACUCACGACCUACCGAUCACCGGCGCGUCAUCUCACAUACUGGCAUCGACAACAUACUUCCAAGAAGCGACUACCUAUACUAUUCGUACAUGGUAUCGGAAUUGGUAUGUACCCUUAUAUGAGCUUCCUCCGAGACCUCAAGUGUGAAUUAGAAACCGGGGCGUCCGAAGAUGGUCGGGUUGGCAUCAUCGCACUUGAGAUCAUGCCGGUAAGCUCUCGGAUAACUUACCCAGCUCUGGAAAAAGACGUGAUGAUCAUGGAAAUCAUGGAGAUCAUGCGGUACCAUGGAUGGGCCAGAUUCGUUCUUGUAUCUCAUUCUUAUGGUUCCAUAAUCGCUGCACACCUUCUCAAAUCUGAUCGUUUUGCUCCACUCAUCGGGCCUACGGUCUUUAUCGAUCCAGUCUCAUUCCUCCUCCACCUGCCUGACGUGGCAUACAACUUCAUAGCCCGCCAGCCAGCCCGGGCCAAUGAAUACCAACUAUGGUACUUCGGAAGUAAGGACAUAGGAGUUGCACAUACAUUGGCCAGGAGGUUCUCCUGGAUCGACAACAUCAUUUGGAAGGAAGACCUUGGGAUAAAGGCCGAAAAGGACCAACAGGAGGGUAGAAAUGUCACAGUUGUUUUAAGUGGAAAGGAUUUGAUUGUGGACACCCAAACGGUGGGAGAGUACUUGGUGGGUUCAUCAAAAUUCGGGGCAGUUGACAAAGAAGAAGCACAGCCAUGGAAAAACAUGCCUUGGUUUGGAUACGGGCUUGAGCUGCUGUGGUUUGAGCAGUUGGAUCAUGCGCAGGUUUUUGAUCUUGAGAAAACGAGGCGGCCAGUCAUUAGGGCGAUUUCUGUGUAUUCAAACACAGGCUGA